AUGGUGAACAUGCUGAAGCUAGUUUUGUUGAUGCUAUUGGUAACGCUGGCUGCUUGCCAAUGGCACGGAACUUGUCAAACAGAAAAAGAUUGUGGUAACGAGUGUGCCAAGUACUGUGGAUCACCAAGGUACAUUCAACAAUGUACUGAUGGCAAUCCUGGAGCUUGUGAUUGCUUGUGUCAGACUCGUGAGUUUUUGUCAAUUUUAAAUUUUUUUAAAAAUUAUUUUUUUAACAAUAGGCGUGUUAGACGUAUUUUACAUUGCUUUUAACAAAUCUUUCUAUAAAUACUCAUAUUAAGCUGGUAAAAAAGUUUUGUCGCUUUUUAACUUGCAGGUACUAAUAAUUAAACGACAAAACUUUUUUUGACAGUUUAAUACAUAAAAAAAGUUAAUUUAUAUUAAAUUAUAUACUAGUGCAUAGUAAAACGGUUAAAAAAUGACCAUUUGAAGAGAGAUCACCUACGCCGUCCUUUGAUAUUGUCUAUAACAAGAUUUUACCAUAGAAAACUAUACUAACCUAUAAUACCAAAAUGUCAUUUCCGACCAUUUUUUAAAUUACAUACUGCUUUUUCAGCUUGCAUGAAGAUCAAAACCAAAAGCUGUCAAACCGUGUUCAUUUACUAUGGUAAAGAUCGUGGUCAUUAA